AUGUCAGGUAACAAAGUACACGAUUAUUUUAAACGAAAGCCCGAGGAAUGGAGUCUUUUAGGUUUUUUAACCGAAAGCGAAGAAGAAUCAUUCCGGUUAAAAAUAGACUUAUACUUGAGAGGGCUUAAGAAUAUUAUUAACCUUGAGGAAGGAAAUAGGAAAGAAAAAGCCCAGUUUCUCUUUAACAAGAAACCAAUUAGCUUGCCUGAUGCCUCAAGUCAAUUAGCCUUUCCAGCAUUGGACUCAUUGGGCGCAGGAAACCAAUUAGCUUGCCUGACGUUCGGAUGGGAUUGGAAAUCGGAUGAACCUCAAUCCGAUCGCAAACUUGCAAGGAAAUGGGAGAGCGAAUGUGCGAGCAUGCAAGCUCACAUCCAUAAGCCGACCUAUUUUGAUUAUGGAUCCAUACAUGGGCCCAUAUAUGGGACUGUCAACGGAACUACAGCCGGUAGUACGUUCGUUGCCGGAUCAUCCGAAUCAUAUAAGUCAAAAAGAGAUCGGGAAAAGGAUUUAAAUAAUGAGAUCGACAACUACAUUCAAAGUCCUUCCGAACGACAAUCGUCCAAUCUGUUUUUGCGGAAAUCGGAAAUUGAACAAGAUAUUUCUAACAAAACAGACAACGAGAAGGGCGAGGCCGAUCAUGGAUUACAAGAUGAUGCCGAUUCGGAUUUGGAUACAGCAGAUAAUGAGGAGGUGAUCGAUGAUCAAGAAGAGGUAAAAGAGAAGAUCAACAAUAAGGAAGUGGCAAAGGAAAACAAGAAAGGGCCAUUUAGAAUGCGUGAUGAAAAUCGAAUGGAGGUUGAGAAAGCCUAUAGGGCGAUGGACAAAAGUUAUAUGUGGAAACUUUCAUCAGGGAGAAUAGUCGAAGAAGAGUUGUUUAAACUCGGAAAUGAUUUGGAGUUUGAACAUGCCAUUCAUUCCUUUAUUCUUGAUGUCGAAGAUGAGUUAAUUAUGGAACAUUUCACUGUAAAAGAACUCGAGGAAAUAGAAAGCGCAACUAUUCCAGAGGUACCCGAACUUUCAAACGAAAUUGACGAUUUUUUAGGUAAAUUCCUUGGCAAGACAAACUUGAACGAGAUCCGACAGAUAAUAAAAGAAUCAACGUUCGGUAAUGAUUACAACCGUGAGAAUCAUCAUGAUGUAGACUACAUAUGUCUUGCUUUAUAUUCACU